CAACGCUCCCGUUGGGAGCUCGAUUGCUCGGAACGAAAGACGCUCACUAUAACUAAUCACGAAUUCUGCCGGAUUUUAUAUAAAACCCUAGAUUCAACCUUUUCAACGGCCACAAGCUCUUGUGAUCUCUGAUCCUCCAUUCGCACCGACUUUACUUCCGGCUAGGGUUUUAAAGAUUGGCAGUGUGAUCGUUGUUGAAAAGCGAAACCAUGACUAGAAAAACCAGCAGCUGUAGUAUUUGUGAGAAAUCGAAUCUUGCUUCUAUUUGCGCCGUUUGCGUCAAUUACAGAUUAAAUGAAUAUAAUACUUCAUUGAAAUCAUCGAAGGGUCGUCGGGACUCCCUUUACUUGAGAUUGAGUGAAGUUCUUGUGGCAAAGGGGAAGGCAGAUGAUCAAAUAAAUUGGAGAGUACUUCAAAAUGAGAAGCUGGCCAGGCUGAGGGAGAAGCUUCGUCAUAGAAAAGAACAAUAUUUGGAUGAACCAAUUGAUGUUUUUAUAGGGAAGGCUAAAGUUGAGAAGAUGUCUAAUGAUUUGAAACUCAAAUAUGGGCUGCUUGAAUCAGCCAUGUCCAUGUUGGAAAAAAAUCGCGUGGAACAACUGGAGAAGUUCUAUCCUAACCUUAUUUGCACACAGAACUUAGGGCUUAUGGCAAUAACCUCUGAACGUUUUCAUAAGCAGUCGGUGGUUAUAAAACAGAUAUGCAAAUUAUUCCCACAACGUCGGGUGAAUAUUGAUGGAGACAGGAAAGAUGGAUCUAGUAGGCCAUAUGACCAAAUUUGUAAUGUACGCUUACCGAGAGUACUUGAUCCUCAUUCUGUCCCAUCAGAUGAGCUUGCUGCCUCAUUGGGGUACAUGGUGCAACUUCUAAAUCUUGUGGUUUACAACUUGGCUGCUCCUGCCCUUCAUAACUCAGGUUUUGCGGGUUCAUGCUCUAGAAUAUGGCAGCGAGAGUCUUAUUGGAAUCCACGGCCAUCUUCCAGAAGCAAUGAAUAUCCCCUGUUUAUACCGCGACAAAAUCUUUGCUCCACUAAUGGGGAAAAUUCAUGGUCUGAAAGAAGCUCGAGUAAUUUUGGCAUUGCUUCAAUGGAAUCUGACAGGAAGCCUCGUCUAGAAUCCUCAGGAAGUAGUAGUUUUAACUAUUCUUCAGCUUCUCUGCAUUCUGUUGAAACUCACAAGGACCUGCAGAAAGGAAUUUCACUUCUUAAAAAAAGUGUGGCAUGCUUAACCACAUACUGUUAUAGCUCAUUAUGUUUAGAUGUUCCUACUGAGGCUUCUACAUUUGAAGCAUUCACAAAGUUGUUGGCCAUACUAUCUUCUUCCAAGGAAGUUCGAUCUGUUUUCUCCUUGAAAAUGGCUUGCUCAAGGUCAUGUAAACAAGUUCAACAAUUGAACAAAUCCAUAUGGAACAUGAAUUCAGCAAUUUCAUCAAGCACUUUACUGGAGAGUGCGCAUACACUGCCUAUGACGAGGAAUAUUUUCGAUAAUAACCUUCCAAAUUCUGCUGCUAGUUUCCUUUUUACCACUGAGAUGUCUGAUAUUGGAAAGAAUGAAAGCCUUAUUGAAGAAUGGGAUCUUGUGGAGCAUGCCAAUUUUCCACCUCCACCGUCACAAACCGAGGACAUUGAGCACUGGACUCGAGCCAUGAUAAUUGAUGCUACGAAAAAAUGACUGGCGCUCCUGCUGGUUGCUACUUUUUUGUUCCAGAGACGACGCUUAUUAAAGGACAAGACUCAGGAGCAAAUUGUAAAUUUUCUACAAUAUUCUUAGUCAUUAUCUUGUUAUACUUGUAAAUAAAGAUUAUCUCAAUGAGUGUGCAUAGGUAGAUUUGGGAUUUUCCUUUUGUUUUCUACUUGUUAUAUAUUCCUUGCAGUUAAUCCUUAAUGCAACCUCAGAAGAAGAGGGAAAAUGAAUUAUGUAGUAUUUUUACUCAGAAUUAAAAUACCAAAAACUUAUAUUAUAAUUACAUAUUAUAAUUA